AGGGUUCGGAACCCCCUUGGUAGGGCUUUGCUUGGCAGCGGUGAUCUCGUUAGUCACUAGUUGUUAUCGAGGAGGAGGAGGUGACGCGGAGGACAUUGGACCGCAUCGCCGUCAUCGUGGGGGACAAGCGGAGACACGAAGAAGGAGACGAGUGUCCACUUUCUGCUCAACUAGCAGCGGCUGUGUGCGAGGAGGGGGGACGGAGGAACACCGCAGGAACACUUGAACUUCUCGCUGCUCCCAUGUGGACACCGCAAACUUCCACUCUGUUCCUCCUGGUCUCUCUCCUUCUCAACUUGUGAAAAGGAAGAAGAAGUAGAAGAAAAAGAGGAGGAGGAGAAAAAGAAGUGGAGGGGGUCCAUUGAAAUAAAUAGAAAAGUAGUCAAGGAUGGUCCAUUGGACUGGAAGCCUGCUGUGCGUCCUCGCACUCAGCCUCGGCUUGGCGUGCCACGCUCGGAUAUACACCAACCACUGGGCGGUCAGGAUAGCCGGGGGGACCGCGGUGGCGGAGCGGAUAGCGGAGAAGUACGGAUACCGGAACAUGGGCCAGAUUGGAGACUUGAAAGACCACUACCACUUCUUCCACAGUCGGACAAUAAAGAGGUCGACUUUGUCCAGUCGUGGACGCCAUAGUUUCAUUUCAAUGGAGCCCAAGGUCAUGCAUCAGACCCUGACUCCAUUAUUGAUGCCGCCUGAACCCUACACUGCAUCGAUGCACUGGCUUUUGUUUAGUUCUACAAGGCUGAUUAACCAGAGUCUGCUACUGACUUCAUUGAAAUGCACACAACACAGUGAUGAAUAA